UCCAUUGGUGGUCAUUGGGAGAAUGCCCCUUAUGUUGGUGUCAUUGGGAAAAUGCCCCUUACAUUGGGGGUCAGUGGGAAGAAUGUCCCUUACAUUGGGGGUCAGUGGGAAAAUGCCCCUUACAUUGGGGGUCAGUGGGAAGAAUGUCCCUUACAUUGGGGUCAGUGGGAAGAAUGUCCCUACAUUGGGGUCAGUGGGAAGAAUGUCCCUUACGUUGGGGGUCAGUGGGAAGAAUGUCCCUUACAUUGGGGGGUCAGUGGGAAGAAUGUCCCUUACAUUGGGGGUCAGUGGGAAGAAUGUCCCUUACAUUGGGGGUCAGUGAGAAGAAUGUCCCUUACAUUGGGGGUAAGUGGGAAGAAUGUCCCUUACAUUGGGGGGUCAGUGGGAAAGAAUGCCCCUUACAUUGGGGGGUCAGUGGGAAGAAUGUCCCUUACAUUGGGGGUCAGUGGGAAG